AUGAAAGUCAUCGUUGUGGGCGCUGGCAUAGCCGGCCUCACGGCUGCGCUGUCUCUGCGUCGUGCCGGUCACUCUGUCCACGUCUUUGAGCGCUCCCAGCUGCUCCACGAGAUUGGCGCCGCCAUCUACGUCCCUCCCAACGCGACGAGGUUCCUCACAGCCUUUGGACUCGAUCCCACGGCUUUGGGGUUCGUGCAGCAGAAGCGUGCGUCCCUGGUCAACCGCCACACGCUCGAGUCCGAGGUCGAGCUGGCCAACAGUGAGACGGCCAUGAAAGUGGGCGGCGCGAAGCUGUGGUAUGCGCAUCGCGUUGAUCUGCAUUCGGGCCUGAAGGACCUCGCAACGGGUCGGGGCGCUGGGACGAGAGUUGAGAUCCAUGCUGGGCAGCCUGUGGUGUCCUAUAACCCUGACACACCAUCGAUUACUCUGGAGAAUGGCACUGAAGUUACGGGCGAUCUUGUUGUGUGUGCCGAUGGCGUGCGCUCCGAGGCCACCCAGGUCGUCCACGGCCAGCCUGUUGCGCAAUGCGACCCCCGACCUAUGAACUGCGCCUAUCGCUUCCUUGUUCCCGCCGAUGUGCUGGAGAAGGACGACAAGACCAGCUGGUUCAAUGAGAGCUGUGACGGAUGGACGAGAAUUUUCGCUGAUGUGUCCGCUGACAAGCGACUGGUUUCCUAUCCGUGCCGGAACAACACUAUUCACAAUUUCGUUCUCUUGGUGUACGAGCCGAGAGGAGACGGUGCAGUAGAAGACUGGAAGGCUGGCGUGCCAGUGGAGGAGGUCCUGGACAAGAUUGCCAGCUUCUCGCCCCGAUUAAAAGAGGUCGUGAACAAGACGACAGAGGUCAAAAAGUGGCCACUGAUCUACCGCAAUCCCAUACCAAGAUGGUCAAAGGGGUGCAUGACGCUCGCAGGUGACGCAGCGCAUCCCAUGCUUCCACAUCAGGGGCAAGGCGGAGCGCAAGCCCUAGAGGACGGCGUGGCUCUGGGCAUAGUCAUGCAUGGCGCGACAGACGCAUCCGACAUUGAGGCGCGACUGGCGAUUUAUGAGAACGUCCGUCGUAAUCGCGCCUCGGCCAUCCAGACGCUCAGCAACGUCGGUCAGGACCAGGUCCGGAUGAUCAGCCAUCAACUGGCCGAGUACAUGGCGCCUGAACAGAUCCCAAAAACACCCAGCGACAUCUUCCAGUACACAUACGGCUUCGAUGUGGUGAGGGAGACACUGGACGCCAUGAGGAAUUACCAGCCUGGCUUCCAGCUGCCUCACGACUUUUUUGAGAGCGAGGUCCUUGGGGUUCCGGGUCGACACAUUGCGCAGUCGUGGUUGGGCUGGUGUCGCGGCGUGCUUAGGAAUUGGAUCGUGCCGGCAACUCGUACAGCCGUUGCAUGAUGGGUAAGGACCUAGGAGGAUGGGAUACGCGGAUCUUGGUUCGGUACUUUCGUUAUCCGUGUAGUAUUUCGCGCUUAUUGUUGAUCUGUCCCGGCCGGCCAUUGUCUUACCCGCGCCACUGCCAAGCCAAGCAACGCGCGCCUCCACACAGUUGAUAGUGCCGUCCUGCCAAAAAAGACAAACAAUUGAGAAUCAUGGCCAGAUAGGGUCAGUUUCGGCACUCAAAGGGGUUCGUUUGGUGUCGCCAUUUGCCGACCCCUGGCUGACGUGAAAUACCGCGUGUCGGUGUGGUGGACCGUCCAGCGACUCCAGACUGCGAGUGCGAAAACAAGCUUUCACUAAAAGGAUGUUCCUCGAACCCCUGCAGCCAGUAAAAUGAGGUCA